GUGCUCCGCGCGGAGCCCGCGCUCCUGCCCUGCUCGCGCUCUCUCGCUCGAGCUCCCCGGGGUCUCCUCAGCGCAGCGGCGGCGGCGGCGGCAGCAGCAGCGGCGGCGGCGCGGGGGGCGGCGGCGGCGGCCGGGCGUAGGCGGCUCCGACCAUGUCGGGCGAGGAGGAGGCGGCCGAGCUCACCAUCGCCGAGGACCUGGUGGUGACCAAGUACAAGAUGGGGGGGGACAUCGCCAACCGGGUCCUGCGUGCGGUGGUUGAAGCGGCGAACUCCGGAGCAUCGGUCCUCUGCCUGUGCGAGAAGGGAGACGCCAUGAUCAUGGAAGAGACGGGCAAGAUUUUCAAGAAGGAAAAAGAAAUGAAAAAAGGUAUUGCCUUCCCAACGAGUAUAUCAGUAAAUAACUGCGUCUGUCACUUCUCUCCCCUGAAGAGUGACCAAGACUACAUCCUCAAAGACGGAGACUUGGUUAAAAUUGACUUGGGAGUCCAUGUCGAUGGCUUCAUAGCGAAUGUAGCACACAGUUUUGUCAUAGACGCCUCAAAGGAAAACCCUGUGUCAGGCCGUAAAGCUGAUGUCAUCAAGGCAGCUCAUCUCUGCGCCGAAGCCGCGCUGCGCUUGGUAAAGCCUGGAAACCAGAACACACAAGUGACAGACGCGUGGAACAAAAUAGCCCACUCGUUUCACUGCACGCCGAUUGAAGGGAUGCUGUCACACCAGCUGAAACAGCACGUGAUCGAUGGAGAGAAAACAAUCAUCCAGAACCCUACAGACCAGCAAAAGAAGGACCACGAAAAAGCAGAAUUUGAGGUCCAUGAAGUUUACGCUGUUGAUGUUCUCGUCAGCAGUGGAGAAGGAAAGGCGAAGGAUGCUGGACAGAGAACUACAAUUUAUAAAAGAGACCCCUCCAAACAGUACGGCUUGAAGAUGAAAACCUCCCGUGCCUUUUUCAGUGAGGUGGAGAGGCGCUUUGAUACUAUGCCAUUUACUCUCAGGGCAUUUGAGGAUGAGAAGAAGGCCAGGAUGGGGGUGGUGGAAUGCGCCAAACACGAGCUGCUCCAGCCCUUCAAUGUCCUCUACGAGAAGGAAGGAGAGUUUGUUGCACAGUUCAAAUUCACAGUGCUUUUAAUGCCCAAUGGCCCGAUGAGGAUAACCAGUGGCCCCUUCGAACCAGAACUCUACAAGUCGGAGUUUGAGGUGCAAGAUGGAGAACUGAAGGCCCUUCUACAAAGUUCCGCAAGCCGGAAGACCCAGAAAAAGAAGAAAAAGAAGGCCUCCAAGAACGCAGAGAACGCCACCACGGGAGAGACAGUGGAAGAGAAUGAGGCUGGCGACUGAGCAGCUCCUGCUCCCUCUGCGUAGCACCCAAUUCACACACACCCCUUUUUUUUUUUUUUUUUCCCCCCCCUAAAAAGAAAAACCCCAAACAAAAACCAGAAGUAAAAUAAUAAUCUAGCACUGUUUGUCUCUUACGACCAAACAACAAACAGUCUGGGCUUCCCGCUGACUACAACCAGCUCCUAUUGACUUUGCCAAUGAGGGAGGAUUCUCUCAGCCACAUCAGACUACUUAAAAAAGAAAGCGGAAAAAAUAAAAUCAGGAGUAAAAGCUAGUCUAUAUCCACUCUUUCUACCCUUUUAUACUACCCCUACUUGUCAGAGGUGAACAACGAAGCUGAUUCCAGUGAGAGAGGGAGUGUAGAGAGCUGCCUGCUUUCCUCUUGUCCCCUUUUUUUUUUUUUUUAAUUUCUCCCUUUUACAGAUUUUCUUGGGAAAAAAAAAACAACAACAAAACCGAACAAACAGCUGAUUACACCUGAGAAAAAGUGCCCUGUGUUUAGUGAUACGGUAUGCUGGGAUGGUGAUCUGCUGUGCUGUCCCAGCUCCUCCCGGCCGUGGAGGCUUUCCUCUCCAUUACCUUGGGGCAGAGGAUUUCUCACGUUUAGCCUCUGGAUUGUACGCUUAUAAUUGGGAAAAAUAUAAAAUUUUAUGUCCCCUGUGAAACUGUAGACUGUUCUGUCUACUGUGUUCUGUUUCUGCCUUGAUUUACCUAUAAACACUCUAUUUUUUAAUACACUGCUGUGGCGAGCUCAUUUUUAAAAAGGAAAAAAUAGACUGUCCGGCUUGCUCGGCAGCAGCUGACGGAGGGGCAGGAGGCAGCGAGCUGCCCGGCAGCACUUUUUAUUUCCUGGGGGGCUGUGUGUGUGUGUGUGUGUGUGUGUUACUCCCUGGGGCUGGUCUCUGCGGCCGUGUUCCACUUUUUGGGGUGCGUUGGGGUCUUGU